AUGGCUGAAGCACUUCCAGAUUUCCCUGACUCUGACUUUUCAGAUGAAGAGUUGUCUCCUUUAGAGAUAUCUUUUAACAAAGCAGCUGACCAUGUUAGGAAGUUAACAAGCUCAUUAGAUAACAACCAACUUUUAGAACUUUAUGGUCUGUACAAACAAGGAACUGAAGGCAAAUGCAAUGUUCCAAAGCCUGGCUGGCUGGACGGCAGGGGUCGCAGGAAGUGGGAGGCCUGGAGAUCUCUUGGUGACUUACCCAGUGAUGAGGCUAAACAAAAGUAUAUCACCUUAGUGCAGAAGUAUGCACCAGAACUGACAGAUCUUUCUACUGAAAAAGAAUUAGGUGUGAAGGAAACCUGGAUAGCAGUGUCUUCCAUGCGCAAAUCCCCAGAGCCUGAACUAAUACAUAAUGAACUGUCUAUAUUGGAUGCGGCGCGAGAGAACUGUGCCGAGCGCGUCACGCAACUACUUGCCGAGCAUCCUGAACUUCGUCAUGAGAAGGAUGACGAUGGUCUGACCGCGCUGCACUGGGCCACUGACCGCAAUGCCACAAAGGCUUUACAAGCAGCUUUAGAUGGAGGAUGCCCAGUAGAUGCAGCAGAUGAGUGUGGUCAGACUGCUUUACAUUAUGCUGCGUCCUGUGGCCACGUGGAGUCCACCAGGAUAUUACUCAAAGCUGGUGCUUCUCUGCUAAAAGAUGAGGACGACUGUACUCCAUUGGACUUGGCUGCUGAUGAUGAAAUAAGGAAAAUUCUGGAAGGUGCUACGUAGAUUAAGUAAUGUCUGUCAUCCAUUGGUAUGCCCGUACCAGUUUUAGUUAGAAUUAAUAUUGGGUUAUUGUAGUUAUUCAUAAUAAUAAACUUUGAAUAUUU